ACCCCCUUCGGAUAAAAGCACGGGUGCGCGCGAGAGCGCCCGUAGUCUGAUCUCGCUUGCUCGUCUACUCGCAUCGCUAUGCCUCCCCAGCCGAGCGGUAAGGCCGUGAAGAAGGCCGGCAAGGCGCAGAAGAAUGUGCGCGCCACCGACAAGAAGAAGAAGAAGCGCCGCAGGAAGGAGAGCUUCUCCAUCUACAUCUACAAGGUGCUGAAGCAGGUGCACCCCGACACUGGAGUCUCCAGCAAGGCCAUGUCCAUCAUGAACAGCUUCGUGAACGACAUCUUCGAGCGCAUCGCCGCCGAGUCGUCCCGUCUGGCUCACUACAACAAGCGCUCGACCAUCACGAGCCGGGAGAUCCAGACUGCCGUGCGUCUGCUGCUGCCGGGCGAGCUGGCCAAGCACGCCGUGUCCGAGGGCACCAAAGCCGUCACCAAGUACACCAGCUCCAAGUAGGCGACCGAGCGCUCGUCCGCCCAGCCAACACCCAACGGCUCUUGUCAGAGCCACCCAAAGUGUCUGCAUUGGCAUUGGGAUGUAGCGAGAAUCUCGCGACGAUUCCGUCCGUUUUCCCUCUUGUUUUGUUUACAUGUUGCGUGCGCUUUCCGACAGCGCGCCUCGUAUAAUCUUAGC